GCGUGAGCUUGGAUUUAAAGGGGGUGGGCUGUGUGAUUGUGUGUCGACUAAAAGCGGCGCUUUGUAGGUCGGUGCAGGGCUCUUUAACCGGGCAUAAGCAGCAGGGCUUAAAGGGGCGAUUUCGCUGUAUAAUUCAGCCUGGAGGUUAAACUUGAGCGGCAGAGGUGUGAGAAAUAAACAUGAGCGACAAGGGGACAGUGUCAUCCAAGGAGAAGGAGGAGACGGAGAAGAGGGGGCGUGGAAGACCCCGUAAGCAGCCCCAGGAGCCCAGCGGGUCCCCGACUCCAAAGAGGCCCAGAGGACGGCCCAAGGGCAGCAAAAACAAGACAACCAGCAAGGGCAAAGCAAAAGCAGAACCUGCUCCUGGUGCAAAACGCAGAGGAAGACCCAAGAAGGAGGAAAAGGAAGAGAAGGCAUCACAGGAAUCAUCUGAGCAGGAGGAGGAAGAAGAGGAGGAGGAGGAGGAGGAAGACCAGUAAUCCACAACGCAUGCUACCUCACUCAACAUACUGACUUACUGUUAACCAGACCUGGGCUGUAUCUAAAAACACCAGUGCCACUUUCAUGACCACUGUUCCUGACAGGGCCCUCGGCCCACACGAGGGCCAACACAGUACAUUUCUCAUGCAACAGCACUGGAUAGAACGCUGGACCUUGCUCAAGCAUAGAUCUAAGUAUCACCUGACAGACAGCCCUUUUCUCUGUCAUGAUAUCACAAGUCUUUUAUACUGGACAAAAGUGGGCUCUUAGGGGCUGUGUGUGCGUGCGUGCGUGCGUGUGUGUGUGUGCGCGCGUGUGUGUGUAUGUGUUUUAUUUUUCACCUGAAGAUCGUUUGUAGGUUGUUUUUUUUUUUUUCUUUAUUUUUACUCUGUGUUACUUAUUGGUUGUACCUGCAUCUGAGAUGGUAGGCAGUGUAGAAUUUUUCCAUGUUUUGUACUGGACAAAGGUGACUUUUACCAAUACUUGCUGUGUUUGUUGUGGUUUAACCUAUCCUUUGCAUCGUAUGCUAGAUGGUGUUGAGCUUCAGUGUUUAGUAUGAGAAUAGGUCACUGGUGAAAAUGUUUUUUUUUUCUUCUUUUUUUGUGGGGGGGGGGGGGUCUUCCCAGUGUCACCCCACUCAAGUAGUCCUAUAGGACGUUUUUAGAUUUUAGCUUCUCAAUCAUCAUCCUCUGUCCUGUGCGUGUUGGGGGGGAGGCAAGUUGUCUCUUACUAUUUUGUUUUUGUUACUUUCCGGUUUCAUACCAUUUUAAAAUCCUGAUUCUGCUGCUUCUUUUUCAAGUGUGGUUUUCAUUUGAAAGUAUCGGGUUCCAGGUUGAGAGCAUCAGUGUCGUUACUACAGGGAGCUUUUACAGACUGUUUUUGCCUGCACUCACCCAGUCAACAGAAAGGCAAGCUGUACUUAGUCAUAUCGGGGGUCUAAUAAUAAAAUCAGAAGUUGUUGGUACUUUUUUCUUCUUUGUGCCACCGAGCUCCACUUUCACCUGUGUACCUCCUUGUCCUAAUAAGGCUCUUUUAAAAAUGUUUUCUGUCCGCUACAAGAAAAGAAAGUUUGUGUCAGGGAACCAUCGGUCUUCUUCCACACACCUCAGCUGCUACAAACCCGGAAAACUGCAAACGGGCAACACAACGCCUGGAGUUUCAUACCUCACUCAACUGCUUAUCAUUGCUUUUAACUUUUUGUGUUACUGUGUGCUUUAGCGUGCGUCGGACAGGUGUCUUUAUAAAUUGUUUUUUUUUAUAUAUAUAUAUAUAUACCUGGUUGAAACAGGCUUAAACUUGCUCAUAACCGCUCGCAGACACCGCUUUUUUCAUGUGUGAAGCAAGUCAGGGAGACUUGUCAGCUUGACAAUUGUGUUUGCUGACUGUGGUAGUUUAGCACAUUUUUAUUUUUAUUACGGUGCACUGAAAUCUUGAUUCGGAUUUUCAAGGACAAAAAUGCCAAGGCUGGACGCUUGGCCAGCUUGCGCCAUGAGGUGGCAAUUUUGUCCAACUUCCACAAAAAUCAGAUAUCACAACUGACAUCCAGAUCUGUUCAUUUAUAUACUGUAAACUGUUGAGGAUGGGAUCAUUCUUUUUAAUGUACACCGUAUAUAAAUGUACAAUGUCUAUAUUUCUAUGGUGCCCUACAAUUUGUAUGAGAUAAAAUGGUCAAUAAAGAUAAUUUUCUGUCCUUUGUCUUUUUUUAAAUUCAAUUUUGAUGCAACAUUGCUUUUAAUUUUCAUAUUUAUAUUUCUGUACACCAGACACAAUAUACAUGUUUGGGAUUUGUCUCUGCAAACUAUUUGUUUUGAAUGUGCACGGUUAACAGGUAUGUUUUGUCAGCACUCGUCCAAUGUCACUGGGUAAUGUACGAUGGUGUUGCAGAGGUUAUGCUAUCAUCUUCCAUUCAGAAGUUAGUUUCUGCUUUUAUUGAAAUAAACAUUUUCAUAAGCAA